AUGGUCGUCGCAACCAUUAAAUGCGUCGUCGUCGGUGACGGUGCUGUCGGCAAGACGUGCUUGCUGAUCAGCUACACGACCAACAAAUUCCCCUCCGAAUACGUCCCGACGGUUUUCGAUAACUAUGCUGUCACCGUGAUGAUCGGUGAUGAGCCCUACACCCUCGGUCUGUUCGAUACUGCCGGUCAGGAAGAUUACGACCGUCUGCGGCCCCUGUCAUACCCCCAGACCGACGUUUUCCUCGUCUGCUUCUCCGUGACUUCGCCCGCAUCCUUCGAGAACGUCCGCGAGAAAUGGUUCCCCGAGGUCCACCACCACUGCCCCGGCGUCCCGUGUCUCAUCGUGGGCACACAGGUCGAUCUCCGUGACGACCCGAGCGUUCGUGACAAGCUUUCCAAGCAGAAGAUGCAACCCGUCCGGAAGGAAGACGGCGACCGCAUGGCGAAGGAGCUCGGUGCCGUCAAGUACGUCGAGUGCUCGGCACUGACUCAGUUCCGCCUGAAAGACGUGUUUGAUGAAGCGAUCGUCGCGGCCCUCGAGCCGCCGCAGACCAAGAAGCCCGGCAAGCGCUCGCAUUGCGUGGUUUUGUAG